GCGGGCGACCAGGAAGCGGUGGAGCGUCUGAUGCGGCGCGAACACGAGACGCCCGUGCCGGAGGAUUGGCAACGGCGCUAUUGCGAUGAAGCUCGGGCCUACUGGGACCAGUUCUACCGCGAGCGGACGAUCAACUUUUUCAAAGAUCGUCACUACCUUCGCGAGGAGUUCGGCGAGUUGAUGCCACCGGAUGUGCUCGCGGAUCCGAAACGAUGGAUGGAUGAACUACCAACCGUGGCGACCGGCUUGACAGAGCUACCAAUGGAGGUGGUUGAGACAAAGACAGUCCUCCUGGAGCUUGGUUGUGCUGUGGGCAAUGGACUCAUCCCCAUGCUCCGCGCCAAUCCGGACUUGUUCGGUAUCGGCUGCGAUUUGUCCGCCGAAGCUGUGCGAUUGCUGUGCAGCAAGGAGGAAUACCGUUGUGGACGCUGCCUGGCCUUCCCCUCGGACAUCACCAAAGGGUCUGGAGAACAACCGACUUCGGAGCAUCGCUCACUGGAGGAGCAGCUCCCUGCGCAUUGCGUGGACUUUGCCACUCUGCUCUUCGUGUUGAGUGCCUUGGCGCUGAUGGCCAUCGUCUGCGAGCUGAUGCUGAGCGCAUCAACGCAACUCAACGCCGAGUAUGAACAGACGCUAGAGGAGCUUCGCAAUCAAGGCUGGUGGACCGACCAGAACGGAGAAUGGCAUGCACCCCGCGAAGAACGCCCAUCUCGUCCCCUCACUCCAGACGAUGGCCAAGGUGGGCUUCGCGCACGAGGCACAGAGCCGAACCCACCAAACCCGCUCCGAGGCGGCCUUCCUGGACAGGAGGCCGCGGCACCCGCGGCACCUGCGGCGCAUGCGGCGCAGGCUCCGCAGGAGCCGCACGGCUGGCGCCAGGUGGUGGGCAACGCCGCAGUGCCUGCAGCUGCCAUCGUUGGAGCAGCCUGGGUGGUGGCGCAUGCCGUAGCCCGGGCGCUUGAGUCCAACCGCCGACGCUGA